CCUCGCUAUUCAACCGCUCCACCAAAACCUUACAAUCUGACUCCAUCAAAACUGGUUCAAAUUCAUUCGCUUUGGCCAAUUGUAGUGCCCAUAAGAACGCAGCCGCCUCGCCCAUUUCCGCCGACCAUGACACCCUCCACCGACACACCGCUGCCAUAUGGAAUUCGCCAUUCCAGUCCCGAAUGACAAGCCCAAAACCCACUCCCCCAUCCUUCAGAACCGCCGCAUCGACGUUCACCUUGUACUUUCCAGGCGGUGGUCUUUCCCAAUGCGUCGACCUAGGUCUUGGAUUGGCUAGCAGCAGCUUGUUGUUCAGCGUCUGGAGAUCAUCCAGAUUAGAAGCGAGCUUGCAAAAGGUUGCUCUUCCAAGACCUGGACGGUAAGUCCAUAAGAGCAGGGAUUUUAGCGUUCAUACCUAGUCCAUUUAUAGGAGUUUGAACUCUGAAGUUGGGGCUGCCCGGAAUCCACCUAUCCCACCACACCGACAUGCUUUCUCCAUUGCCUACCCUCCUUCUAACCCCCUCACGAACCAGCUGUUGCGCAGCUCUUAGACUCCUCCAUAUGUGGCUCGGGUUAUGCACUGCUUCAGCAUAUAAGACAUCUUGAUCAGGGUAAUAUUUGGCCUUUAGCACUCGUCCUAUCAGUGAAUCUGGCCUCUCAAUCAAAUUCCAUAAUUGUCUUCCCAACAAAGCAAGGUUAAAUCCAUGUAGAUCUCUAAAUCCCAUUCUACCUUCUGCCUUGGCUGUACACAGCUGGUUCCAGCUAGCCCAGUGAAUCCUUCUUUCUUCUCGUUUCUUACCCCACCAGAAGCCUGUGAUUAGGCUUUGAAUUUCAUCAAUGACACCUUGAGGGAUUAGAAACUGUAACACCCUAACCCGGCCGGGUACUACUUUUACUAAAAUGCCCUUGAUAAAUAAAAUACUCAAAUCUUAAAUUUCAGCGGGGAAAAUUUUCAUAAAUAAAAUACUGAAAACACACACUUGUAGUUCAGACCAAAGCCCUAACACGUGAGCAAAUUAAACUCAAACUUUAAAAUCUCAAUCUGAUUUCCAGUCUAUACUCAUAAUCAUAAAAUGUAAAUAACUAGGUAGUCUUUGUCGUUGCUGCUACUGAAAAUCUUAACUAGGCAUCCUCUGUGACGCUUGCACUGCCCUCCUCUAGCUGGUUGCUCUCGAACUUUUCCUCUCGGACUCGCUGCUCUCUAACUGCUCCUCUGGCUAGCUGCUACCGAUCUGGUUCUCGCUCAUUCCCUUACUAAGAGCUGGUGAGUGAGUUGGGGUCAGUCUACGCCCUUACGUUUUAAUAAUUCUAAAACUUGAGUACUUUACUUAAACACUCAACUUUGACUAGUGGAAGUUGUUUGUACUUCCAUUCUUAAAAUCUUAACUCUUAAACUUUGAGGGAGUUGAAGUUACUCUCCUCUCUUAAAGCUCAAAUCUUGACUUAAAUACUUGACUAACACGGGGAUCCCUCACUAGCUAGCUUGGUUGCCAACUCAUACGUAUGAGAAGCCAUCCAGGCUUUCCUUAAACUUAAACUUAGUUAGGGGAGUCAUAACGAUUCAUCCCCCUAACAUCUUAAACUUAUCGUGGUGGCUCUUCACCACGAUUCGCAAGAGCAUAAAUGCUGCUCAUCUUAAAAGUCUCACGAGCAUAACUGUUGCUCUAUCUCAAAAUGUAUCAAAAGGCAACGGACUGGCGCUAGUGACUAAAAACACUUAAAAUGACUUCACCUUCUCGAAGGUGAGUUACUUCUUAAAAAGAGCUUGUUUCUUAACUUUAACAAUAACUUAUAAACGAAAAGCUUUAAAUUAAAUAGCACAAAAUCACCUCAAAUCAUAACAAUUAGCACAAAAAUCACCUCAAAUAGUACAAACUCACCUCAAAUCAUAGCUCAAGAAAAACACAAAUAAUGAAUCACAAACAUAACCAAGCAAUGGUAACCACUUCACUAAAAUACUUAAAAUCAUAAAACUUAAAAGAAUAC